AUGGCAUCCAUCGACUAUUACAACAUUCUUCCAGAGACAAGUUCGGACCGUCAAGUGGGAUACUUGUUCGGGUGGAUCUGUUUGGUGAACAGUGCCUGCGUCAUGAUCUUCCUGAUGAUGGUUGCCGUAGCCAUUUACACAGUGAAAGGUUUUCGUUUUCACACCAAAGUAUCGACGACAUCAGGGCCUCGACUGAAAUCUCAAUAUUUGAAGAAACGAGUGUUCAAUAGGCUGAGGGAUCCUUCUCAAUUCAUCUUUGAAUCCUAUGGCUUCAAAUUCCCUGUCACAGUCGGUCUCUACAUUUACCGAGUAGGUGUUGCAAUUGCUGCCAUUGUGAGCUUGGUUACGAAACGAGUGUUAGAACCACAAGAUACAUUUGUGUUCUUGUCCUUUCUCACCAAUUGCUCGGUCAUUAUCUUGACUGUCUAUUAUACGAUUCAUGCUGUGCUGGGAUUGUUUUAUUUCGUAUUCUUCAACAAGUUUUAUCACAAGACAGUGGGAAUUCCAAAAUUGAAAAAAACUCACUCGAGAAUUGUGACCAUUAUGAGAGGAAUUUCGAAUGCAAUUUGGUUGAUGGGAGAACUUUCCAUUUCAUCAACUGUGUUAAUUUGUAUUGGCUAUUGGAUUUUGACUUCCUUUGAAUCGACUGAACCAAUCAGUACACGUUAUUUCAAUCUUUACUUUCAUGGUAUCACUGGAAUUUUAAGCUUGAUUGACUUUAUCUUUUCGAAUAUGGUGUUUCGAUUUUGGCACUUGUUUAUUGCCAUUCUAUUUCCUGCCUUUUACAUUUUCUGGCUCUUGUUAAUUGUUGAAAUGCGAUGGCUCACCGUAUGGCCUUACAGUCCAGUGAAUUAUUUCAUGAUGCCUUGGUUAGCAACGAGAAUUCUCAUUCGAUGGAUUUUAAAGGAUGUAGAGAUUGAGGAAGCAGAGUUACCAAAACAAGCUCAAGAUCAAGAAUUAGCUAUUACGAAUGGAUCUCCCACAAACAAUGAAAUUUCACCUCGAUCAUUGAAUUCAUCCUCUCGAAGAAGUAGAAGAUCUAUUGGAUCUUUAUCAUCACUAGCAACACCCACCAGCAGUGAUAUAUCACCAGCACUUGCGUUUGAUCGUCCUAACAUUUUCUCUAAGCUUACAAACGCAGAUUUAACACCCGAAGAAUAUGGUGGAGCAAGUGUUGAGUUUUCUGAUACAAGUUCAACAAAUUCUUCAGGACAGCAACAUAACACUUCAACACCAACUCCUGUGACUAUUUCUGCAUUCACAGCACCCGUUCGAGUGCAACCAAGCGAAGAACGUUCGAACAGCUCAACACUCCUCAAGUCAGUAUUAACCAAAAAUCACCCGAACAACCUGUCUGGAAAUCUUAUUUAA